GGAGGCGGAGCGCAGCGGACGCGGAGUGGACGUGACCCGGCGGCAGGUACUAAAUCAUCGUUAGUCAAGAUGUCUUCAGCACCUGAGCCUCCAGCCUUUAAAAAGGAGCCACCCAAGGAAAAAGACCUGGGAAACCCAGGGCUCAGAGGGGUCCGCUCCACAACCUUAUUUCGAGCUGUGAAUCCAGAGCUCUUCAUUAAACCUAACAAACCUGUAAUGGCUUUCGGAUUGAUAACCCUUUCACUUUGUGUGGCUUAUAUCGGUUAUCUACAUGCGACACAGGAGAAUAAGAAGGACCUCUAUGAAGCUAUUGAUAGUGAGGGACACAGUUAUAUGAGGAGGAAAACAUCUAAGUGGGAUUAACAGUGCUGGUUACUGCAGAUGGAGCUUUACUGGGGACUCUGAAAUCUUCAGGUGAAGCUAGCACCACACAGUAUCUUGUUUCUUCUUCUAGAAGAUGCUACUGAGGAAGAAGGAUUGCGGUUGCAGCCAGGCCACUAUAGUGAAUGUUGUCCUUUCAGAACUGUAGCCAUUAUCGCAUUCUUUUUCCACAGAAAGAGCUGCUCAAUAUUUUUUCUUGACUAAAUCCUCUUGUAAAAGUACCAUGAGAAUGGAAGUCACUUUUGUGAAUUAAGUUCUAUGUAAUAAAAAGUACCGAUGCUCU